AUUUUUAACCUUACAGCAGGGUAUAUAUAAUUAAAAUAACGCUGAAAUACUAGUUAGAGUAGGACAUACAAGUAGAAUAAUAUAUGUCGAUAAAGGAAUGGCCGUAUCAGGACGUAAACAAGUAGACCUGCUAGGAUCAGUAGCAGCAGGAUCAGCAGAGGAUUUCGAUCACUGUUGUGAGCCAUGUCUUACCACAGGGCAACGCGUAGAAGCUCACGGGUUUUGUGUCACUUGCCAAGAAUACCUCUGUAAAACUUGCCACGACUGCCACAGAAAAACAAAAGUCUUACGAAAUCAUCAAAUUCUGCAGCGUAAUGAUUUUAAUAAGAUUCAAACUACAAGGAAAUCAAACAAUGAAUGCACUGAAAUGUGCCACGUUCACAAGAAAGAAAUAAUCAAAUUUUAUUGCCCUUCACACCAUGCAUUCGGAUGCAAUGACUGCAUAACCUUAGGCCAUAGAACAUGUAAAGUUGAUUACAUACCUGAAAAAUGCGAAGGUGUCGCAGAUGGGAAGGAAUUCGAUGACGUCAUGCAGAAACUGGGAGAUAAAUUAAAAGAAGCAUCAGAAAUUUCGAAGAAGGCUAAAAGCAAGGGAAGCAACAUAAAUGAUUACAAUAAAGAAAUCAUCAAGGCGAUCAUUGAAUUCCGAAAAGAAAUAAACGACCGCCUAGAUACGAUGCAAAAAGAUGUUUUAAAUAAUGCUGAGGAAAUAAAGUCAAACAACAACAAAAUUAUUCAGCAUGUCCAUGAUAAAUGUGAAAAGACGAUUUCCAGUAUUAAAUGCUUGCAAUCAAGUCUACAUGCAAGCAAAUCAAAUCAUCAAGACGGUCAACUCUACAUUGACAUGAAACGGGCUGAAUCUACGCUGAAAUCAGAUGAAUUAAAUGAAGUAAAAGAAACAUUAAUGCAUGCCAAUGUGCGCUACUCAUUUCAACGAAAUGCUGAACUCGAAACAUUGUUCUGUAAGAAAAUGGUCUUCGGUGAGAUUGUCGAUCAUUCUUGUAAUGAAUCUACAAAAGUGACAAAAGCUGUUGAUCAUCUGAUUGGGAAAGAAAAUAUCAAUGUUACAACUUCAUCAGAUAAGACGGUAAGUGGUAUCACAGGAUGUGCAGUACUCAACACAAAUAAACUUGUUCUAGCUGAUAACUACAACGAUAAGGUAAAAUUGAUAUGUAUAAUAGAGAACAUACUUGUAGAAGAGAAAACUCUAGACUCAGCGCCAUGGGAUAUUGCUGUUAUGUCUCAGGAUCAGUUCGCAGUAACAAUGCCGUAUACAGGUAAAAUAAUUGUCAUGACAACACACGAUAUGCUAUCAUGUGGCCGCAGUAUAAAUGUGGAUAGGGAGUGCUAUGGUAUAAACUUUAAUCAAGACUGUCUUUAUGUUGCUUGUUUGUCUCCUCCUGGUGUGAUUGUACUGAAUACACAAGGUGAUAUCCUCAAUAAAAUCCCUCUGAACUUUCUUUCACCUGACUUCAUCCCGAAUAUUGCCGUGAGAAAGGAUUCCAAACUUCUGUAUAUCAGUGAAAAUUGUAACGACAGUAUAACGAGUGUAUCAUUACAAGGGGAAGUAACAGCUACAUAUAAGCAUACAGAUCUUAGUGGACCACGUGGAAUGUUGAUGUUAGAUGACGGGUCAUUACUUGUCUGCUGUUUUAAUAAUGGAACGAUUCAUAAAGUUAACGGAGACUUGAAGCAAGGGAAGAUAAUGCAUGAAGAUAAAACAAGUCUGCAAUCCAUAUGCUACAGUUCACGCUAUAAUGAGGUUUAUGUUGGUUGUGACAAUAAGGAUAACAAGUUGAAAGUAUUUGACACACAAUGA